AUGAGAACUUCGUGGGCUGAUUCUGUGGCCAAUUCUGAGAUUGGAAAUGGAGUGACUGGUUCAUCUAAUAGCAAUGGGAGCUCAGCUCGUCCCACAAAGGCCACUUAUGUGCCACCACAUCUCCGUAACAAGCCCCUCUCAUCCGAUCCUCCUGCCUACUCGCCAGCCCCAGCUCCAUUGCUGUCCAAUGAUCGCCCAGCUGUAGGUUAUGCGGCAUCUGCUGGUGCGUCCCGCUGGGUUGGUGGUUCACGUCCUGAUCUUGGGCGUCAAACUGGUUAUGGGGGGUCUGGUGUUCAAAAUUAUGGUGGUAGAACUGUUGGUGGUGGUGGUGGUUGGAAUAAUAGAAGUGGGGGGUGGGACCGGAGAGAGCGGGAAGUGAACCCAUUUACUGACGAUGUUAAUGCAGAGCAGGCGCUUGGUGAACAGGAAAAUACAGUGAUAAAUUUUGAUGCUUAUGAGGAUAUUCCAGUGGAGACGAGCGGUGAUAAUGUGCCACCACCAGUUAAUACAUUUGCCGAGAUAGAUUUAGGGGAGGGGUUGAAUGCUAAUAUUAGGAGGUGCAAGUAUGUUAAACCGACUCCAGUUCAGCGUCACGCAAUUCCUAUAUCGCUUGGAGGGCGGGAUUUAAUGGCAUGUGCUCAAACGGGGUCGGGGAAGACAGCUGCUUUUUGCUUUCCGAUUAUUAGUGGGAUAAUGCGGGAGCAGUAUGUACAGAGACCGCGUGGAGCACGAACUGUUUACCCUCUUGCUCUUAUUCUUUCCCCAACGAGGGAGCUCUCAUGUCAGAUACAUGAGGAAGCCAGAAAGUUUUCCUACCAAACUGGUGUUAAGGUGGUGGUUGCUUAUGGAGGAGCACCAAUCAAAGACCAGUUGCGAGAGCUUGAGAGAGGGGUUGAUAUUCUAGUGGCAACUCCGGGGCGAUUGGUUGAUCUGCUUGAGAGGGCUAGAGUGUCACUGCAGAUGAUUCGAUACCUGGCUCUCGAUGAGGCAGAUCGGAUGCUGGAUAUGGGUUUUGAGCCUCAAAUCAGAAAAAUAGUGGAACAAAUGGAUAUGCCUCCUCCGGGGGUGAGACAGACUAUGCUUUUCAGUGCCACCUUUCCUAAAGAGAUACAGAGACUGGCAUCUGAUUUUCUUGCAAAUUACAUCUUUCUGGCUGUUGGAAGGGUUGGGUCAAGUACUGAUCUUAUAGUUCAAAGGGUUGAAUUCGUUCAUGAGUCUGACAAGAGAAGCCAUCUGAUGGACCUUCUGCAUGCACAGAGGGAAAAUGGGGUUCAUGGCAAGCAAUCUCUGACAUUAGUUUUUGUGGAGACAAAGAAAGGAGCUGAUUCAUUGGAAUAUUGGUUGUGUAUGAAUGGGUUUCCUGCAACUACCAUUCAUGGUGACAGAUCACAACAGGAAAGAGAAUCUGCAUUGAGAUCAUUUAAGAGUGGAAAGACACCAAUUUUAGUAGCAACAGAUGUGGCAGCACGUGGUCUUGAUAUACCACAUGUAGCUCAUGUAGUCAACUUUGACCUCCCCAAUGACAUUGAUGAUUAUGUUCAUCGGAUAGGAAGGACAGGGCGAGCAGGAAAAACAGGAGUAGCAACAGCCUUCUUUAAUGAGAACAAUAUGUCUUUGUCAAGGCCACUAUCUGAGCUAAUGCAAGAAGCAAAUCAGGAAGUACCUGCUUGGCUUAGUCGUUAUGCAUCACGAGCUACUCUUAGUGGUGGUAAGAAUCGAAGGUCUGGAGGGCGUUUUGGUGGUCGUGACUUUAGAAGAGAUAGCUCAAUGAGUAGGGCUGCCCCAAGUGCAGAUUACUAUGGUGGAAUGAAUAGUAGUGGUGGAUAUGGAGUUCCUGGCGGUUAUGGUGGGGGAUAUGGUCCAGGUGUGACCAGUGCGUGGGAUUAGCAUCCUUCUUUAUACUGAAAUGUUUCCUACUGUUCUCUUGAGUGUAUAUAUUAUUUCUUCAGAAUUUAAGGAUUAUUACGACUCCUUUUUUCUUGACUUCUGUCUUGAGCUCAUUUGGGUUCUAAUCCAGGAUGCAGGCUUUGUUGAGUUUUAUGGAGGGGGUACAAGUUUGCUGUAAGUAUCAUGGCUUAUUGACCUUGGGAGGAUCCAGUGGUGGUUAGCUUGGUGGUGAAUAGAAACUAUUGAAUUAGGUUUAUGAUGUCCUAAGUGACUUGCUAGUAUGUUUAUAUACUCCAAUUGGUGAAAUGUAGAGAAUAUGUACAUAUAUGAGCUCUAUUACAGUACCAGCACCGUAACUUUACUAGAUUGAUUAUUGUCAGAUUAACACUACGCUCUUCUGGGUAUCAACGGGAUAGUUUACUAACCCGUAACGUCACCAGAUCGAUACCUUAGCAUUUUCCAUACAUAUAGGGGAAAAGCAGUAGGUAGGAGUAGCUGCCCUGACAUUGGUGUAUUUAUGGAUUCUUUUUGGGUUGUUGAAGGGGAGUUGGGCAAAAUGAGGAAGUGCUUUUGUAGACAGCUGCAGCUUGAGAAGUGCUUUCGCAGAUGAAAAGUAGUUGGGGGUUUGUAGGUUUUGCAAAUGGUGGUGUAGCUUUCCUUCUUUUAUUUAUUGUUAAGAGCUUUUUAUUUAUUGUUAAGAGCUUUUUAUUUAUUAAUUCACACUACAAUCUUGGUAUCAUUAAUUCUGGAUUGGAAACACAAAAAGAUACUUGAGAAACUGCUCAUUUGAACAUGCUGAUAUUUGUUGAAUCAAUCUAAUAGGGGAAUGUAUUCGAGAUCUUUGUAA